AUGUCGGGGAGAGUUUGUUUCGCGUCGCCAAGAACUCUCUCCGCGAGGACGAGCACUUCUUUUUCCUCCUCGUCUUCAUCGUCUUCGUUUAGGUCGUCGAGUUUGAAACAGAUUAAACGCUUGUUCUUCGCGAGUAGAAAUGCAAACACAAAGAGCACACAGAAGAGAAGAGGAAGAGGAUUUGUCUUCUCGGCAUCAUCAUCAUCAUCAUCAUCUUCAUCAUCAUCAUCAUCGAACAACAAGAAUAAUAACGAGGAGGGCGAGGCCACUUCCUCGUCAUCAUCAUCCUCUUCCUCCACGAGUUUCGAGGAAACUAUACUCGCGGUGGCUAAAAAAGCCGCCUCGGAGAUCUCAACCGGGAUGACCAUCGCCGUCGGCACCGGAAGCAUAUGUUCGAAGUUGCUCGACGUCUUGGAGACAGAGAAAGUGUUUGAUGUGAAAUACGUGCCGGUGUCGACGUUAGCGGCGAAAGAGUUGGCGCUGAGAGGGUUGGCACCCGUGGUGGAUUGCGAAGAGGCGCUGGCGAUUGAUGUGGUGUUCUUGCAACCGAACGAAACGGCUAUUUACGACGGGAACAUCGUUUCAAUCUUAGAUAGAACGCAAACGCCGAUACAACCGUCCAUCGCGACGACGAGAAACGUGUUGAAGAAAUCGUUGAAAACGAUCUUGUUGACCGAACAGUUUCGAGAAUACGUCGGUGGUUCCGUUCCAGUCGAGAUCGAAAUGGAGAAUUGGGAAGAAACCGCGGAGGAUUUGGACGAUUUGUUUUUAGGCGACGCGGAAUUGUGGAGACGAGGUCAGUCGGGAGACGAACAGUCGCACCCGAUGGGCGGGAAAAACCCGUUCGUUUCCCCAGAUGGGACGACGACCAUAAUAGACAUAAAGUUUGAAGACGCGAUAAAAGGUGGACGAUACACCAAGGGAUUCGUUUUAGCUGGAGAAGACUGCACUCCAUUUCAAAUCCAAGCGGAAAUUGAAAGCGUGGACGGCGUCGUAGCGCACGGCUUGUUUACGACCGCGGACGCCGUGUUAGCCCCGUGGGGAGACGGCGGGUUAACCCCGUUGUUCUUACGUAAAGGCGAAGAGUUACCCGUCGAUUGA